AAGCAGUGGCCACUGAUGACGAGUGUAAUUUUUUUGUUCUGGGAAAGAAAAUCUACAAUCCGUUCACUACCUCAAGCGUAGACGUUGAGAUCCCUUGUGUCUAUGACCACUCAAACCCAAGAUUUGCUGCAAUCGCUGAAGCGUCAAAAAAGGCACCGAUCUUUAGCGCUGCUGGAGAAUUGUUCAUAGGCGAGAACCUUGCACAAAUAAUUUGCACCGAGGUCGAUUGGGUAUUUCCAAAAGUGAAGAAUGAACAGGCUUCGCCUGGAAAAAGCAUGCGCAGGCAAAAGUUUCUGAGCAUAGAGGAGAAGUACGUAGGCAAGAAAUCAAACAAUAAACGCAAAGUCAAUAAUGCGUCAUCAUCGUCGUCGUUUGCGUCAUUGUCAUCACAAGUAGUGGUGGUUGAUGACAAUGAAUCUCACAAGAAAGUUUGCACAGAGCUGAGUCCACCGAACAGGCCAGUCACAAGAGCAAAAGCCUUACAAACUGCGAUAGAUCAAGUUAACAGAAAGGGGAAAGGACCCGAAUUGCCGUGUUCUAACGACGAAGAGGAAGACCUUGAUCUUGAUCACCGAUCAAACAAUGAGGCGUACAGCGAUGAUGAAUGA